UUACUGCUAGAGAAGUAGAGAAUAGCGCACAGCUUCAGUUAAUUAAGUUGAGAAGGUCAUUGAACAAUUUGGUGUGGAUAAUGGCAGAAAAGCUUAUGCAUGGGGUUCGGUACAAUGGCUAUGGAGGAGGGCCUUCUGGCUUAGAGCAUGUCGAUGUUCCAAUUCCCACUCCAAACAAAGAUGAAAUAUUGGUGAAAGUGGAAGCUGCUAGUCUAAACCCAUUUGACUGGAAAGUUCAGAAAGGCAUGCUAUGGCCUCUAUUUCCUAGCAAAUUCCCACAAAUACCAGGUAACGAUGUGGCAGGAGAGGUUGUAAAGGUUGGACCUGGGGUGAAAAAAGUCAAAGCUGGUGACAAAGUUGUAGCAAUGGUCACCCCUAGUGUUGGGGGUGGCCUAGCUGAAUUUGCAGUGGUCAAGGAGAGGUUGACUGUUAUAAGACCACCAGAGGUUUCAGCAGCUCAUGGUGCAGGGAUACCUGUAGCCGGUCUAACUGCUCACCAGGCCAUCACCCAAUCUGCAGGGGUCAAUCUUGACGGAAGCGGAAAGCAUAAAAACAUUCUGAUAAUCGCUGCCUCUGGCGGUGUGGGACAUUAUGCAGUUCAAUUGGCAAAGCUGGGAAACACGCAUGUCACAGCCACUUGCGGGGCUCGAAACAUGGAGAUCGUAAAGAGUUUAGGUGCUGAUGAGGUGCUUGAUUACAAGACCCCAGAUGGGGCAGCUUUGAGGAGCCCUUCCGGUAGGAAAUAUGAUGUGGUACUUUACUGUGCAGCAGGCAUUCCUUGGUCCACUUUUGAGCCUAAUUUGAGUGAGAAUGGGAAGGUGAUAGAUAUAACCCCUGUACCAACUGCUCUGUUCGGUUAUGCUUUGAGAAUGCUUUCUAAGAAGAAACUAGUGCCAAUGCUACUAAAACCAAAGGGUGAGAACCUGGAUUUUCUUGUUAAUUUAGUGAGGGAAGGAAAGCUUAAGACAAUUAUUGACUCGAAGUAUCCUCUGAGCAAGGCAGAAGAUGCAUGGGCUAAGAGCAUUGAAGGUCAUGCUACAGGAAAGAUUAUUGUGGAGCCCUAGUUAAACAUUUUUUUUUUUUUUUGGCUAUGAUCGCUGAAUAUUGUGUUUGGAUUGCUGAAAUCUACGUGCUUUGAAUUGGCACAUUCUGCAGUUUGGAAAUUUGGAUUGUACUG